GGGCGGAGCGGAGCGGGGCGGCUGCCGGCCCGGCCCGGCCCUUCCCGUGUGUGGGCGGUGGCGGCGGCCGCCAUUGGCCAGGGCCGGUUCCGACAUGGCGGCGAGCGCGGUGUCCAACCCGUCCCAGCUCCUGCCUCUUGAACUUGUGGACAAGUGCAUCGGCUCACGCAUUCACAUCGUGAUGAAGAGCGACAAAGAAAUUGUUGGGACGCUUCUAGGAUUUGAUGACUUUGUCAAUAUGGUGCUGGAAGAUGUUACAGAAUUUGAGAUCACACCUGAGGGCAGAAGAAUCACAAAGCUGGACCAGAUUCUGCUAAAUGGAAAUAACAUAACUAUGCUGGUUCCUGGAGGAGAAGGACCUGAAGUAUGAAGACGUGAUAUUCAUAUGUACUUUCUAUGUACAUAAGCAAAAUCUAAAUAGGGGUUUUGGGAUAGAAGUGUCUUUGGGUGUGGAUUGGUCACUUGCUUUGGUUACACACUGGACAUUUUACAAAUCACAACUCUUUAGGAAAGGUGCUGGUGGUCAUGUUGACUUUGUAAGUUGAAAUUGUGACUUUCUCGUAAAGACACAAGAACCUCUUCUGAAUAAAUGGUUUUUCUUUGUUGGC